AUGGCUGGGCUUCUUCCCGACUUGGGCAUCACCCUCAGCGCCUCGAGCAACGCUCCCCUUCUUGGGCCUAUACUCGGAGGGAAUGCAGGCCCAACGGGCACACCAAACACAUCAUCCAGUCAAUCAACCAGGAUAAGAUCCUCAUUAUCAGCCGCCGCGACACCUUCGACAACAUCAUCGAGGAGCACGUCAACGCCUACAAGAACACCGACACCAUCAUUGUCCGUUUCGCCCACACCGUCAUCACGACCUCCAACCACGUUCAUUAUUUCAACGACGACAAGCAUUUCUUCUUCGCCUACACCAUCACUUUCGGACACGCCACCUUUGCCAUCACCGACGUCACUUCCCCCUUCCAUCCCACCAUCACAGCCGCCAGUGAUACCCGUCAUCACACCGACAUUAACACCGUCCCUGGUCCCGUCAUUCAUUCCGCCUCCGCCAGAGCCUACUCCUAUUCCGCCUGUGACCCCGACACCAAUCCUAACGCCUACGCCAACGCCAACACCAACACCGCCACUGAAUGGGAUUGCCGCGCCGAGCCAAGCAGAAAAGUCGAGCGGUGGCGGCGCCAAACUUAUGCCGGCGUUGCCAAUUACCCUUGGUUCAGUUGGAGGUGUCUUGAUCUUCGGCCUCAUCAUCGGCAUGCUAUACAGAAAGAGCCGAUGGCCAUUCCACAAGAGGAGAAAUUUCGCAGAGAUUGACGAGUUGGAGGUCGAGAGGCAGCAGGAAAUAGAGAGGCAGCAGAAGAUGAAGUGGGAUCCUAGAGUAACGAGGUCAUAUAGGCCACAAGAUCCGGGGGUUAACUUCUAG